UGAUCUUACAGCAGCAGAUUUUUUUGGACCAAUUCUUAAAUGGAAGAGAGAAGUGUCAUACAUUUUGUUCAUAAUAUAGUGCUGGUCAAAAUAUGUUAAGUUGAAUCCUAUCAAAAGAGCAAAUGCACAGAUGGUUAUACACUGUUUGUAACAGUACUUUUUGGAGUUGGGAAAACCAAAUCAAUUUCUCACAGAUAAUGGACCACAAUUUGUCAGUAAUGUAUUUAAAGAAUUUCUAGCUUGGGAAGAUAUUCGUCAAGUAUUAAUAUCCAACUAUAGCCCGUCCUCUAAUCCAUGUGAAAGAGCUGUGAAAGAAAUUGGGAAAUUAUGCCGCACCUACUGCCAUGAAAAACAUACUUUAUGGGCAACAAAAAUUAAAGACUUUGAACUUUUUUUAAAUGAAUUACGACAUUUAUCAACUGAAUUAACAGCUUUGGAUGUAAUAGGCAAACCCUUUGUAGGAUAACCCCUCAUUAAAUGUUUUACUUGGCCUGGACAUCUUACUCUUUACUACGAACUGAAUCAGGAAAUAGUUUCUAGAAAUUUAGUUGAAAAGGCUCAACAAAGAGUGAGUAAGCAUAAUGAGAAAGCUGUAGAACUGCAGUACAAGGUUGAUGACCUAGUCCUUGUAAAACAGCAUCUUCAGAGCUCUACCCUGAAGAAAGAGAGAAACAAGUUUUUCCAAGAGUAUGAAGGACCACACCGGGUUCAAAUGGUUAUCCAUCCCAAGAUAUUAUUUUUAGUGGAUCCUACAACUGGGUCAGAAAAAGGAAAGUACAGUCUAAAGGACACAAGAAGAUGGCACACUUUGGUGCCAGCAAAAUUGGCUCAGACACAAUGGUUACCUGACACCUCCACAGCCAGCAUCAUCUGCAGCAGACCCACCAAUGUGCACCUCAGAAACAGCGGGUCUCAGUGCCAAAACGUGACAGACAGGGUGAGAAACAAGAGGCCUCACUUUAACCAGGACAGUGCACACCAUAUGCACUGGUCAGAGUAUCCAGAUGAUACCGUCACCCACACAGAUGGCAUGACACGGGGCAUCACCAUAGAGAGUGACACAAUACUAGCUUUGCCUGACUUCCAGUCACUUGUUCUGUACCACCUUGCCAUCUUCAUCAUUGACUGGUACUGUGCUGGCCCUAAGGGCCUCUCUUGUAGAAUAGGAUACAACAUUUGGCUGUAAGAUUGACAUCAAAAGUGAAUCUGAGGGUAUAGUACUCACUGAGAUUCAGUUCAAUUUUGUUAGUGUCUAGAUGAAAUGUGAAUAACCCCAUUACAAAAUAAUUAUAAAAUCAGUACUGACUCUUUCCUUUCUUUUCUUGUACUCACCAUACUGUAAACCACUGCAACCAUUGAAACACUCUAGCCUUCAUAUGGUUCUCUUACUUGGUUUAGGGUUAAUUUCUGUGCUGUAUGUCUGUGUGCCAUGCAUCAGACAGCAGUAAUGUUAUCUUUCCUUAUUUUUGUUUAUGGUUCCCAGCUCAAAUUUUCUAUUAUUGUAGUAUGAAUUUUUAAUUGUUUUAUUGGUAUACAUCUAAUCACAUAAAGUUUUGCAAAUAUUGUAUCUUAACAUGUUUUUUUUUAUUUUGCAGAGAAAACAUCAGAAACAGGAAAAAUAGAGGAUUUGGAUCGGGGAGCAGUUCCUAUGAAAUAUGACAACAUUGAAAGUGGCAUUGCCUCAGCAAAUCUCCAAGAAGCAGUCUAUAUUGCCACUCCAAUGCGUGUUUCUCUGGGACAGAGACAAGAUAUCAGUCCUUAUGCAACAUUCUGUGUCCCUGUUCUGGGAGAUGCAGAUCAUUUGGAUGCUAUAGACAAUGUUGAAUCACACAGGACUUCCAGCUGCCUCCAGUACAGUGAAAAGCCACAUCAUUCAUCAACAUUUGGAAGCUGUCCUGAAUCACCAUAUCCAAAGAUACACAAGAAACCUCAUUAUGAGAAUGAAACAUCUGAUUGGAUUCCACUACACAACCUGUAUCAGGCUCACAGGUAUUGACUUCCAGAAGCUUAUGUGUACAAAGCUGAAUCCACAGUUACUUGGAAAAUUAUUUGCAGAAUUGUAACCAGUUGAAGGACAAUGUUAAAAGAACAUUUUUAAUGAACUUUACAACUUAAGUGCCUUUGAAUCAGUGAUUGUUCACAAGUUAAAAAAAAUAUUUUUGAUGUUUCUCCCUGUCCUCAGGUAACUGAUUAAAAUAUUUUUUGGAACUAAUACUGUAUUAUGAAUAUUUAAGUCUGAC